AACACCACCGAGAAAAUCGAUCGAUCCCGUGCGGGAUAAAUAGUGGUUUUUCUGGUUGCUAAAAUAUCCCCAAGCUUUCCCGGAUACUAUCAUGGGUGCUUCAGCGUUGCCGAUUAUCAUUUUCUCGGCCAUCUUCGGUGUGGUUGGCAUUGUGCUGCCGAUUGUUGCACCCAAGGGCCCGAACCGUGGGAUCGUUCAGUGCGUGCUUAUAUUGACGGCGGCAACGUGCUGGUUGUUCUGGCUGUGUUGUUACAUGGCCCAGAUGAAUCCUCUGAUCGGUCCGAAACUGCACCAGAAUACGAUUCUGAUUAUGGCACGUGAGUGGGGCAACGCACUGCCCGAUAUGGAUGGUUAUCAGCCUGAACAUACGGAUCACUAAUCGGUUGCACUGCCACAACAGGCGUAUAACAUCAAACGCCGAAGCUUAAGAUCCCCUCGGUGGAACACAUUCCCAUCUUAACUGCUAUAGCGAACAAAUUCCGUGUACACUUUAGUCGUUUUUCAAGCAUCAAACAGCAUUAAAGAACUAAGCAUGGAUCGCCAAAUACGAUCCUAUCUGUGUGACCUUCAUCAGAAAUGGGAGCACUUUCUGUUAAACUCCUGAAUCCAAAAUUAAGUACGUUUCAUUCAACCACUGCUGGCUCCCUUUCGUUCAGGUACCUUUGCAAGGUGAACAUGUAUAAUUUGUUGUGUUUUAUUCGUUUCUGCUGGUAUGAUUUACCCCAGAAAGAUGUAUUAUAUGAAUAAAGUAACCUAAAUCCCAAAAGGGUUAGUAAACAAAGACA